UUCGUGAUCGAUUGAACACUGUAGUUAAUAUUAGAUAAAAUUAAAGGUGCAUAUCUCUUUCACGUUCAAUGUAGUAUUCGUCACUAACACGUUGUUGAUAGUUCAAGUUUAUGAAGUGAUGACAUCAUACGUAUGUCUACUGAAAAAAUUUAGACAUUUUAAGAAAAAAAGGUUAAGUUUCUUAUUACGUGAUUGAUUGAAUGUACACGUCAUCAAUUUCUUCGUUUUUAUAGCCUAAUAUAUAUAUAAAGAUAUUUUUAAGUGAAAAUUUAUUAAAUUACUAUGGUUUCGACAUGGGAAGAAUUUUUUGCCAAACAUCCACCACCACAAGAUCUAACACAAACCGAAAGUCUUUUAAAAAGCUUUUCUGACAGACAUUUAAAAGAAAACAAUAAAGUAGUAUUAAUAACGAGUGGCGGAACAAUGAUUCCAUUAGAACAUAACACUGUUAGAUUUGUUGAUAAUUUUAGUGCUGGAUCCAGAGGAUCAGCAUCAGCUGAAUACUUUUUGGAAAAUGGUUAUGCUGUAAUAUUUAUGUAUAGACUCAAAUCGUUAGAACCAUUUACAAGACAUUUUAUAGGACAUAAGAUUUUAGAUAUGCUCAACAUAACAGAAAAUGCAGAUAAAUGCAUUGUCACAGUUGCACCUGAACAUACAGACAAAGUUGCAAUGGUAUUACGAAAAUAUAAAGAAACACUGCAACAGAAUAAAUUAAUACAAAUUAGUUUCAAUACUUUAACCGAGUAUCUUUGGCUACUUAGGACUGCUUGUCAAGCAUUAGCUUGUUUAAAAGAUAAAGCUCUUUUAUACUUAGCUGCUGCUGUCUCUGAUUUUUAUGUACCAUUUGAUGAAAUGUCAGUACAUAAAAUAUCUUCUAAUGGCCCACCAACAAUAUCACUUCAAUUAGUACCAAAAAUGUUGGAACCUUUAGUUAAUCUAUGGGUACCACAAGCCUUUGUAAUUUCGUUUAAGUUAGAAACAGAUCAAAAUGUUUUAGUUUCAAAAGCAAGGACUGCUUUGAACAAGUACAAACACAAUCUUGUAAUUGCUAAUAUGUUACAAACUCGAAAGCAACAAGUAAUUAUCGUCAGUAAAGAAAAUGAUUAUGUCUUAUCAUUAACGAACGAACAAAUGGAAAAAGGCGAAGAAAUUGAAAAAUUUAUAGUUACUGACAUAAUCCUAAAACAUAAGAAUUUUUCAAAGAUUAGAUAAUGUGUCCUAUUGCUCAAGGUAUAGGAAUAUUUUUAUAACAUGAUUUUUUAAAUAAACAUUACUAUUUUUUUACUGCAUUACUAUUGUUAAUAAGAAUAUUAUUAGUAAAUAUCAGUUGCAUAUUGUACAACUAAGGAAAAACAUAAUUGGAUACA